CUGUAUCUUUCAGAACUUUCUCGUUUUCACUUUAUUAAUCAACAAAGAGGGAAGGAAGGGAAAAAAUAAUGGUGUCAGCUCAUAUGUCUUGGUGACACUCCCAUCGAAAACUAUUGGUAGCCCAAACCGCGUCUAAGCCCCAUACGAGACUUGCUUGGAACAUAACACACGACCUCACGUACGUACAGCAGCUCGAAUGCAGAACGCUGGCCUGGCACAACGACGACAACGUCGAGAUGGCGGACGAUAGCAGUAGUAUCCCGAAUUCUUCAGGCGGGGCUGGAGGCGGAGGCGGAGGAGUGAGGAGAGCAGCUACGGAUCCGACGCUGCUGGCUUCCGGCGAGACGACGAUGGCUGCUGCGGGACCUCCUCGAGUGCGAUUCUCGCAAGAUCUUGACCGGGCGACGGCAGCGGCAGCGGCAGCGGCGCCUAGGUUGGAGAUUGAUACUCGGACGUCGGGAGUGAGGAGGGAGGGUUCUCCGUCGUCGAGGAAAGGAGCGAAUCCGAAUCCGGUGUCGCCGAGGACGAGGGAUCGAGGAUAUAGUUUGAGGCGGUCGUUGUUUGCGAGGACGAUCAAUGGUCAGGCGGAGAAUAGUCCAAUCGAGUUGGUGGAAGCGGGACCAUCUGGAGGUUUGCAAGACGAGCUUGAGCAGAGGGGGAAGAAGCGGGGGGAUUCCUCCAACGUGACGGUUUCUCCUGUGGUUGAGAAUGAUAUGGUGAUUUCGAAUGAGGAUCUCCCCCUGGAUGAAGGCUCGAGAAGCAAGGACAAGAAGACGUUUGGGACAAUCAAUCUGCCGAACUACGAUGUCUGGGCGAGACAAAGCAGCAAGUCUAAUACGUUGAUGCAGAGGGCGAAAGGCUGGAAGAAACAAAUCAAAAAAAUCAUAUUGCGGCAGACGCAGAUACCGCCUAGCAAAGACGGACGACAUAUCGACCUCGAUGCUGGCCGCAAGACUACAUUGAUCGACGAGAGAACCGGACAUCCUUACCUGGGGAACCAGAUCCGGUCUUCUCGAUACACGCUCUGGAACUUCGUGCCGCGGCAACUCUUCUUCCAGUUCUCGAAAAUGGCUAAUGCGUAUUUUUUGCUGGUUUCGAUUCUGCAGAUGAUUCCGGGGUUGAGUACCACAGGUAGUUAUACUACGAUUGCGCCUUUGCUGGUCUUUGUUACUAUUAGUAUGGGCAAGGAGGGUUAUGAUGAUGUGAGGCGGUAUAAACUGGAUAAAGUGGAGAACAAUAGGACGACGACGGUGCUGCAUGCCUACAAACCUGUGGGAGAAGUUAGGAAGAAAGAGCCUUUAAGAGGGUUGAAGAGUUUGGUGCCUUCUUCUAAGAGUAGUGAGGAGAGUGAACUUGUGAUGCCUGUCGAUGGACCAAAGCACUGGGCUUCAUUGAAGUGGAGAGAUGUCAAGGUUGGAGAUAUCAUCAAGCUCAGCAGAGAUGAUCCUGUCCCUGCGGACAUGGUGUUAAUCCACUCUGAUGGUGCCAAUGGCAUUGCAUAUAUCGAAACCAUGGCUCUAGACGGUGAGACGAAUCUGAAGAGCAAGCAAGCACCACCGAACCUGGCAAAGCAUUGUCGCUCUGUUGAAGAGAUUGCUGCAUGCCGAGCCACUGUCGUCGUCGAGGACCCGAACAUCGAUUUGUACAAUUUUGACGGGAAAGUCACGGUUGGAGACGAGACUUUACCUCUCACUACCAACGAGGUUAUUUUCCGGGGCAGCACGCUCAGGAAUACGUCUACAGCUAUUGGUAUGGUCAUCAACACAGGAGAAGAAUGCAAGAUUCGGAUGAAUGCGAACAAGAACCCUCGCAUCAAAGCUCCUGCUAUCCAGUUCAUCACGAAUAAGAUUGUGGUGAUGCUGGUAGUGUUCGUUGUCCUUCUUGCUCUCUUCUGCACUAUUGCGUACCAGAUCUGGGCAAGGCAGACUGAGAGCAAAGCCUUUUACCUGAAAGGAGCUCAUGUCAAUUUCACUCAGAUCAUUAUUGGGUUUAUCAUUCUUUACAAUACGCUCAUCCCGCUGUCGCUCUAUGUCAGUCUGGAGAUCAUUAAGGUUGGACAGUUGAUUCUUAUGGCGGAUGUGGAGAUGUAUGAUCCUGUGUCGGAUACUCCUAUGACUUGCAAUACAACCACUAUCUUGGAAAAUCUCGGUCAGGUUGACUACAUCUUCUCAGACAAGACCGGUACCUUAACAGACAACGUGAUGAGGUUCCGAAAGCUAAGCGUGGCUGGUUAUGCCUGGCUGCACGACUUCGAUUUGCAAAAAGAAGCUGCAGAGCUUGAACAGAGUCGAGAAACCACAGGUCCGACUAGAAAGAAGAGUAAAGGCAAAGGCAUCGCUAAGCGCCAUUCUAAGAAGAAGUCUCGGCGACCAACUGUCGAAACAUCCCGUAUGUCUUCUGAAGUGUCAAGCAGCGUCAUCCCAUCAUCUGUUCCUCGCAGGUCUGGGUCUAUUUGGAGAUCUACAGCUCGGCCAAAUAAGGCUCAACCGGAAAUGCGGACAGAGGAUUUGCUAAAGUUCAUGCAACAAAAGCCACAUAGUGUUUUUACUAGGAAAGCGAAAUUCUUCCUGCUCUCAAUGGCACUCUGUCAUACAUGUCUGCCAGAAGUGCAGUCUAAUGGGGACAUCGAGUUUCAAGCAGCAUCUCCUGACGAGUUGGCUCUUGUCAAAGCCGCUCAGGAGCUGGGUUACCUUGUGAUUGACCGACCAGCUCGCUCAAUAACAAUUACUUAUCCUGGCGGUCCCGACUCUUCUGACAAUAUCGUCGAAUCUUAUGAUAUUCUUGAUGUCAUUGAGUUCUCUAGCAAGCGGAAGAGAAUGUCAAUUAUUGUCAGAUUCCCGAAUGGCAGAAUAUGUAUCUUCUGCAAAGGUGCCGAUUCAGCGAUCAUGCCAAGGUUGAAAAUGGCUCCACUGGCCCUCCAGAAGAAAGCAGAAGUCUCGAGACGAUCAAGUAAGCGAAAGAGUAUGGAGGCCGAACAAGCUCUGCGUAGGAUGAGCGAGCACAGUCCCAGAACAAGCUUCAGCUUGAAUAGAGGGAGCAUGACCUUAAGCCGGAAGAGCAUUGGCCAUGGGAGACCGAGCAUGGCGAGCACGAGAUUGCAACCCAUUCGAGAUGAGCUUGACUCUUGGCUACAGCAGCGCGAAACGGAUGUCGAAGCGGCACCAGAUGAUACGAGUGCGUACGAGACACCACGAGUUUCGAUGAAUAGAAUGUCGUUUGCUUCUAGUGAACGACGGUCGUCUGCUUAUUAUGAUGAUGGGUUUGAUGAUAUGGUAGACGAAGCUCUGGUUCUUGACGAUUCAGCUGUCUUUGAAAGGUGCUUCCAGCAUAUCGAUGACUUUGCUUCAGAAGGUCUUCGAACCCUUCUUUUUGGCUAUAGAUUCUUGGAUGAACAGGAAUACGAUGGCUGGAAGAAGAUUUAUCUUGACGCUACCACGAGUCUUGUGGACCGCCAGAAGUUAAUAGAAAACGCUGGAGAGAUGAUCGAGCAGAAUUUUGAGCUUGCUGGCGCUUCUGCUAUUGAGGACAAGUUGCAGCAAGGCGUUCCAGAUACGAUUGACAAACUCAGAAGAGCGAAUAUCAAGAUCUGGAUGCUCACAGGCGACAAGAGGGAGACGGCUAUCAACAUUGCUCAUAGUGCAAGGAUAUGCAAACCUUACUCCGAAGUCGUGAUCCUGGAUCACACUACAGGAGAGGUUGAGCAGCGAAUGGCCACCACCUUGUUGGACAUCACCAAAGGCGCCAUAGCACACUCAGUGAUCGUGGUUGACGGACAGACAUUAAGCGAGAUCGACGCCAACGAGACUUUAUCUCUAUUGUUCUUCGAUCUUGUUGUCCUUGCCGACUCUGUCAUCUGCUGUCGAGCGUCACCAAGCCAGAAAGCUUCUCUUGUCAAGAAGAUUCGGACGAAGGUCAAUAAGUCGCUUACUUUGGCUAUUGGUGAUGGAGCCAACGAUAUUGCUAUGAUUCAAGAAGCUCAUGUCGGAAUUGGUAUUUCUGGCAAGGAAGGUUUGCAAGCAGCUAGAAUUUCUGAUUACUCGAUUGCGCAGUUCAGGUUCUUGCAGAGAUUGCUGCUUGUCCAUGGAAGAUGGAACUAUGUUAGGACUGGAAAGUAUAUCCUCGCCACCUUCUGGAAAGAACUCAUGUUCUACUUAAUUCAAGCGACUUACCAGAAGUGGAAUGGUUACACUGGCACCUCAUUGUUCGAGUCGACUUCGCUUACGGUCUUCAACACAUUGUUCACGUCCCUGCCAGUCAUUUUCCUUGGUGUCUUCGAGCAAGACCUUAACGCUUCGACUCUUCUUGCCGUACCGGAACUCUAUACCAUGGGUCAACGAUAUCAAGGUUUCAACAUCAAGAAAUACGUGUCUUGGAUGUUCAUGGCCGUCUCCGGGUCAAUGAUUAUCUACUUCACAAUGUUCGGCCUUUUUGGCGAAGCACUUUUCACCAGAGACGACAAUCUUCUCUCCAUGGGCACAUUAGCUUUCACCGCUGCCGUGAUAUUCAUCAACACCAAACUCCUUCUCCUAGAAAUGCACAACAAAACCUUGAUGUCGGCCCUCGGCUGGCUCCUCUCAGUCGGCGGCUGGUUCCUCUGGACCAUCGUCCUCUCGGCGCUCUUCAAGCCCUCCAAAACCUACCUCCUCUACCCCAUCAAAUCCGGCUUCCUCCACGAAUUCGGCAACAACCUCCUCUGGUGGCUCGUCCUGUUCCUCACCCUCUGCUCUCUCAUCCUAAUGGAGCUCGGCAUAUCUAGCAUCCGGAAAUCCUUCUGGCCGACGGAAACAGACCUCUUCCAAGAACUGCAGAAAGAUCCUCUGAUCCGGAAACGGUUCGAGGAGAGGCUGAAGCAGGAAGCUGAUGGGACCACUACUGCUGCCGCUGGGGAUAAAGAGCAAAUCAAAAGUAGCAUGGAUGAAGAUGCGCAGAGGGAGCGGGAAGGAGAGAUCCAGGAGUUGUUGGAAAGGAGGAGAGUCAUGCCUGAAGCGGAGGUGGUGCGGAGCCCAGUUGAUAUUGAGGAUGGUGGGGCCGCGGUGGGGAGGGGACCGAUGGGGAGUUUGACGAGGAGGAAGUUUUCGGUGGAGGGGAGAAGGAGUUUGGGGUUUGCGGUUGGGGAGGAGUUUGAGAUGGUGCCGAAGACGAGGCAUUCGGUUGAUGUUGCGGAGGUGCUUGGGAGGAGAUAACGCAGGGAAGGAAAGAUAGGAAAGGAUUGGGAUGGCUGUAUGAUUGUAUGAACGUUUAUAUACCCUAGAUUCGGGCACGCUCUGGUUUGAUUGUUGUAUAGGAUCGGAAUCGGUAGAGUUGGAUGGGUUGAUGCAUACGCAUGUGCAUACGGAUGGCGCGAUUGGAUUUGCAUUGUGGAUAAAAUAGGCGAUGAUUAUUUGGCAUACAAAUGCGAGAAUGAACAAUGAAUUACAGUU